UUGCGUUUCUGUUUCUCCUGUCUUGCUUUAUAGGUCUCUCUUCUUAAACUCUACUUUAAAUAGUUUUAAAUCUUUCCAAGUACAAAUUAGCCUUUUCAUCUGGUACACUUCUACAUUUUUCCUGAAGGUGAUUGGGCAAGGUUUUUCAUCUGAUACACUUCAUCUUCCACCAGACGAUUGUGCAAGCCGACAUUUGUGUGCAAACUACAUUUCUAACAAGAGGUUUAAUAAUGACAUCACAAACAAAAUUAAGUCUUCGUUUUGUCACCUGGAACACUUGUGGUAUUAAAGAAACCCAAAGGUCACCCGGAAAGAUUUCUAAGUUGUUAAAAACCCUUCAAGACCUUCGAGCUGACAUUGUCUUUUUACAAGAAACACAUCUUGGACCAAAGUGUUACAACAUCCUGAAAGAGAAUCCUGGAAAUAACUGGAAAGUGUACUUCACUGUGCACAAACCCCGCAGCAAAGGAGUUGCAAUACUGAUAAGAGACAAAGUUCCGUUUGAGUACAUAUGCCAUGAUGAGGAUUGUAGUGGAGGUUACAUUGUGCUCUUUUGUCGUCUGUUUGGUGAACUAUACACUCUUGUUAACCUGUAUAAGCAUAAGGCAGACAAAGUUGUGUUAGCUAGAUUAAAGGAAUAUCUGAUGGAGACGGCUGAGGGUGUUCUCAUAUGUGGAGGUGAUUUCAACACAGUUUUACACCCCAGCUUUGAUCGUAAUCAAUCAUCUGCAUGGCAUUCACCAGGUCGAGCUAUUUUAGAAGACUUUACUGCAUCUCUGAAUCUAAGAGACACAUGGUCAUACUUACACCCCACUGAGAAGGAUUUUACUCGAAGCCAGAAUGACAGUUACUCUAGAUUAGACAUGUUUUUCCUGCAGGAGGAAAAAAUUAGACAAGUGUGUUCUAGUAGAGUUGCUCAGCAGGACAUUUCUGAUCAUCAUCCUCUUGUCCUAAAACUCAGAGUUCAAAAACAAACUGAAAAAAAGAUCCCAAAUGUUGCCACCAUGUUGCCACGAACAUUUCAGUACCCUCCUAAAAUGUUGGACAGGAGGCCAGGAAAGAUUAGUGGGGCAGAAGUUCUGAGUGCCAUUAAGUCUUUGACAGACUCAGAAAACUGCAGACCUGGUAUAGAUCAAGAGGAAAACUACAAAACAAAUUGCUGUCCACUGACUGAAAGCUUAAAAAUGCAGUUCAAUGAAAACAGAUACAAUUUCAUUCCUAAAACAAGCAGAGAAAAAUGGAUUUUCCACAAAAUUCUAGCAAAACGUCUCAGUGCAUUCAUUACCCCUUCUUUCAAAGGAAAGACAGCAACAAAGCUUGAUAAACUUCACACUGUGACCUUCAAGAAAGGGUCACAGAAAAUAAAGUGGAAUUACAUUAAGAAUAGACUUCUUGACUUGAAAAGGAAACAGCUCCCAUCUGAGCCCCCUGCAGAGUUCAGCAUUCUCUUUUCCCUCCUUCCAUGGGCUGAAAACGCUAAGGUUCGCAAAGAUUUGUUACCUAGUUCUCCACUCACCAAUACUAUCCUCAAUCUGGCUCUGAAACAUCUUGAAACAAAUGUUUACCGCUAUGAAUGGAAGUGUAAGCAGGCUGGACACCUAAGUGGCAAACAUCAUAAGCCUGCAUGUAAGGAGAUCCUGUCUAAAGCUAGUGUUUGCUUUCAACGACAGGUCAUGCUCAUACAUAUGCGGUCAAAAGUAAAAGAUGACGUCUUAUCAGAUGUGCAAAAAUUCCAGGAAAGUUCAGGGCUGGAAAUAAAUAUUACAUAAGAUAUGAAUUUCUGAGCAGAACAGAUAUAUCUGCUCUCUCUCUCUCUCUCUCUCUCUCUCUCCGCUAUAUA